AUGACCUUCGAUGUAACAGGUGAAGGUGAACAGAAACUGAUGGAAUGCCUUAUGCUUAACCUUUGUGAACAUCCUUGCUGGUCCUCUUGUCAAGGGUUUUCUGACAUGGUUAUAUCACUGGACAACAUGGUUGAUAGGCUUUCUGAUGUUAAGCUUCAGCCAACUAAGGUACUGACUGCUAUAUGUGGCCUAUUACAGACGUUGAUGUCAAACAAAGUUACAAAGGAAAGGAAUCAGGAUUAUCUGAAUAGGUUGGUUGCAUUUGAUGUGGCAUCACAAGCUUCCAUGGAGCUAAUUCUAAAGGACGACUCUCAGAGUAUGGUACCACUGGGUGACCUUGUUAUCAAAAUUGCAGAGAAUGACCAAUUUGAUUGGUUAGGUCGCGUGAAACUCAUUGAUUGCAUAUGCAACUUUGUAUUACUUAGUCUUCAAAUAGCAAGAAGAAUCAGUGUUCUUUUCCAAACAUGGGAUGACCAUGAUGAGCUCUUCCAGGAUAUACUGUCAAAUUUUAGUGUAAAAAUAUUGGUGGUGUUAUUUAAGGAUAAGUUCGUUAAAGCCAAUGAGGUUUUAGCUGCUGGUCAUCAACCACGCCCUAUCAUGGAAACCAUCACUGUAACCCUUGUGCAUCUUGCCCUGCAUAGUGAGAAAAUUGAGUUGGAGGCUGUUUUUAUGAUCUGUGUUAUUGCUGCUAUUGAUUCCUCCCAGAGGGAGCUAGUUGCUGCUGUACUUGACAACCUUUCUAAAAAACUACAAUACAACUCCAGAUCAGAGUGGGAAACGGAAUCUUCUUUCAUGGAUGAUAGAUUUGGGUGUUGUUAUGCCAGGUGGCAAGUUGCAGUAUGGGGAAAAGGGAAACUCAAUCAGACACUAAAAAAUUUAUAUUUCCAGUCUGGAUCUUCUUUUCUGAAGUGUCUCCUGGAAUCUUGGAAGAAAGAAGAGGAUUCAAAUACUAUCAAAUUUAAUAUUGUUGAUGUUAAAGGAGAUGAUCCUAAUGAUGACACGUGUAAUAUAUGUGGAGAUGGUGGUAUUGGGACUUCCUUGUUUGGAAUGAAAUUCCUAAAUUGUCCUCUUGCACCCGGUGAAUCAUGGCAUCCAUAUGUAAUCAAUAUGGCCCUUCAUCAUCCUGAUGAGGGGAAGUAUCCUGGUUGUGCUCAUUUUGCCAUAAGAGGAGGGCGUGCAGUUUCCAAAACAGAAUACCAGUUGCCAGUGAUUGCCGUUGUUUGCAACUUCUCAAAGCCCUAUAAUUCAUCAAUCGUGAGACUUAACCACUCUGAUGUGGAUACCCUUUUCCAUGAAUUUGGGCAUGCUCUUCAUUCCUUGCUUUCACGAACAAUUGAAAAGCUUGUUUAUUCAUUUCAAAAUUUCACCAAAAUUGACAUGAAAUUCUACAACUCUCGAGAUAUUAAUUGUGGUGUACGCAUGUUGCCAGCUGGAAGUGGUAUGGGUGUUAUGUAUGGGAUGACUAGAGGCAUCAAGAUGGCAAGACCCCCCUUUUCCUCCAUCAUGAAUUCCACCACUGGUUUGUUGACUUCCAGUACACCAACACCAGCACCAACACUUGCUCAAGGAAACUCCAUGUUGAGAUCACGUGAGGCUAUGCAUAUGAUUCGGUAUGGAUUAAUUGUAAAGUCAACUCUGCAGACCCCUGUUGGGCAGCUAGGGUCAGGAAGUCCAUGGUCAUUAUUUGAAGACCAGUCACUUGUUGUGUUGGUUCAUGAUAUGGAUCCAACCGGGAGCUUAUAA